AUGCGCCGGGUUGUUGUUACUGGCUUGGGUGCUGUCACUCCGCUGGGGGUUGCAGUUGUUCCCAGAGGCUCUAAGGCUGACGGCUGCUGGGAUGCUACUGAAUGGAUAACUCGUGAUCAGGAACAACGAAAAACUGCCCUAUUUGCCCAGUAUGCAUUAGCUGCCACUCAUGAGGCACUUGAGGAUGCAAACUGGAAGCCUACAACAGAGGAAUCAAAGGACAUGACGGGUGUGUGUUUGGGGUCUGGAAUCGGGAACUUUGACGAAGUAUUCAACACAUCUAUAACAUAUAAUAAUGGUGGCUAUCGAAAGGUGUCACCACUUUUUGUCCCAAAGCUCCUUAUAAAUCUAGGGGCAGGGCAUAUAUCCAUGAAAUAUGGCUUCACAGGGCCCAACCACUCAGUAUCUACGGCGUGUACAACUGGGGCCCAUUCUAUCGGUGAUGCUUCCCGUUUUAUUGCUCACGGCGAUGCAGAUAUAAUGGUUGCAGGCGGAGCUGAAUCAUGCAUACAUCCCCUUGCCAUUGGGGGUUUUGCUCGAUGUCGAAGUCUUGCUACUGAUUUUAAUGAGAACCCGGAGAAGGCAUCUCGGCCUUUCGAUAGGGAGAGGCAAGGCUUUGUAGUCGGUGAGGGAGCUGCCGUUGUUAUACUUGAGGAGCUGGAACAUGCUCAUUCCCGAAACGCUCAUAUAUAUGCAGAGCUAAAGGGGUAUGGGUGCUCAGCCGACGCAUCCCACAUCACAGCACCGCAUGAGGAUGGAAAAGGAGCUUUCUCCGCGAUGCGGCGUGCGUUGAAGAAUGCAAAUUUGCCUCCAAGUAGGAUAGAUUAUAUCAAUGCUCAUGGCACAUCAACAGUUGUCGGAGAUGCUGCUGAAAAUGCAGCAAUUAAAUCACUAUUCCUUGGCCCAGAAGGGAAGCCCAAGUCAUCCGACAUCAAUGUUAGCAGCACGAAGGGGGCCAUUGGACACCUUUUGGGUGGUGCAGGUGCGAUUGAGGCUGCUUUCACCGUCCUAGCUAUUGAUAAGGGCAUCAUACCUCCUACAAUCAAUCUCGAAAACGUGACUGAAGAGUUCAAUUGCAAUUAUGUGCCAAAUUUCGCACAAGAAAAGAAAGUCCAAGUGGCACUAACCAAUAGUUUUGGAUUUGGUGGAACCAACAGUAGUCUUUGCUUUGCUAAAUUGUGA